AUGUCUUCCGCACAAGUACGCACGACCCCACCUGCUGUCGAGGCGCAGCAGCCAUCCAACGACUCGAAGCCCUCGCAGCCACAACAGCACGAGCACAACCACGACAACGAUCGCGACCGUGAUGCAGCGCUGCUCAUCCAGCGCAACUACCGCGGCUAUCGCACGCGUCGACAGCUCGACGGAUGCAAUAUCUCUGCCGAUACCCGCUGGUCCGAUGCCGUACACCGCAUGCGCCUCGAACAGGCCAACAAGCAGUCCAACACCGGCCGCAACGACGCCACCUCCCGCUGGAAACGCGGUAAGCUUCUUGCGGGCCAGCUCUCGGGCGCCGAAAAGAUGGACGGCUCGCCCGACUCCGAGGGCGGCCGCGCAGAUGAGCCUGUCGAAGGCGGGCCCUCGCUCGAGCCCAAGGACACCGAGGACCACGCACUCGUCGACGCAGACACCAAGGUCGGAGACGUUCCAGGAGCGCAAGAUGGCGGCAAGGUCGACAACAUCCGCAGCAUCGCACGCCCGGGAGACAAGGGUCUGAAGCUCAUCGAAUGGUGGACGCGCGGCGGAAAGGCGCAGGAGCUCAGCAAGAUGAUGGAGGAGCAGUACUGGCUCGAGAUGGUGGACCGCAGACAUCGCUAUGGCUCCAAUCUCAAGUACUACCACAAGGCGUGGAUGCAGGCCGACACGCGCGACAACUUCUUCCAGUGGCUCGACGAGGGCGAAGGCAAGGAGCUCAACAUCGACGACUGUCCGCGCGAGCGCCUCGACUCCGAAUGCGUCAUCUACCUCAGCUCCGAACAGCGUCGCAACUACAUUGUCGACAUCCAGGACGGCAAGCUCGUCUGGCGUCGCAACGGGAAGCCCGUCGACACCAAGCGCAACAAGCACAAGGAUCUCGGCAAGGGCAGAGGGAUCGUCGAUAUCGGCGAGGAAGAGCAGCAGGAGCUGCGCAAGGACCGCGAGCGUCGUGCUCUCCAGCGCGGCGUCUCGGAAAGCUCGCUCGACUCGUACCUCGACGGCUCGUCGUCGUCUUCGUCGUCAUCAUCGAGCGAUGGAGAGGAGAUGAGCAAGGAGGAGCGCACGCAGGCAGCCAAGCACUACCAGUCGAAACGCUCGGGCAAAUCGCGCCAUCUCGACGCACUCAACUCGGCCAACUGGUCCGACAUGCUGCUGCGCAAGACCAUCGGCAACAACACGUGGAUCUACGUCUUCAACUCGCGCCACGAGCUCUAUGUCGGUCUCAAGCAGACGGGCUACUUUCAGCACUCGUCCUUCCUCUACGGUGGCCGUGUGCUGUCGGCGGGUCUGCUCAAGGUCGACAAUGGCACGCUCACCAGCCUCAGUCCACUGUCGGGGCACUACCGGGCGGGCACGGCGCAUUUCCGGUACUUUGUCAAGAAGCUCCAGGAUUCCGGCGUGGAUCUGGACCGCGUCACGCUCUCCAAGAGUCUGCUGAUGCUGGCGGGGAUGGAGAAGUACGGCAAGAUGAUGAGCAAGACCAAGUCGUCCAAGAAGAAGGACAAGAAGGAGAAGAAGCAUAAGCAGACAGAGGCAGAUGAGGAUAACGAUUCGCAGCACAAGUCGCUCUCGGAACGCAUCAAGCACAAGCUACACAUCGGGAGCAAAUCGAGCAAAGAGAAUGGCGACGAGCAUAAGCCGAGUGGGUUCACGAAGCUCAAAGAGAAGUUGAAGGCUUGA